AGCUCUUGGCUCAGGUGACCCGACAGGGUAGUAAAUUUGUCCCUCCCGGGCUUCCAUUGACCCUCAAGACAGAUUGAAACUUAAAUUUCAUAGAGAAGCACUUUCUUAUAGGAAAUGAUGUGAUAUGUGUAAAUACAGCCGGGCGGAGGCUGAUAUUUGAGGAAAAAUGACGUGGAAAGACCAAAAAUUUCAGAUAACCUACAAGGGUUAAGAAACGAAACAAAGUUGGUGAGACGGUAAAAAUAAGUAAAGUCCAAAACUUUCAAACCAUGACUCUGGUUUGAGCUUGCACAUUGCAGGUGUCUGCAGGACCACCAGGGGGCGCUCAUUUCCACAUAAACUUGAAGUGGUUUCAUCAGUUUGUAGAGGAGCAGGAGGAGGAAGAGGAGGAGGAGGUCACAGCUGGUUAGUUCUGCAUUACAUGUUGCAUCAGAGACAGGAAGCACACAUGAUGCUCAGCGUCUCUGUGCAUCACACCGAUACCACAGAGGAGGCGAGACAAGAAGAGGUGAAGCUCAGCCGGAGCUAAGGAGGCGCUCAGAAUCCGAACCGGGUCGAGUCCAAAUACCGAACCACCAAAACAGAAAGGAGGUGAGAGGAGGUGCAAGGGGAGCAGAGGACGAGGAAACACAGGGGAAGUUCAGGUUGAAAGCAGUAGGAGAGGACGGGAAGAGGACGAUAAGGAGAGACGGGAGGACACUGAGCGGGGGAGGAGGAGGAGGCGUGGUGGCGGCAUCAUGGAGGAGGACAUCAGGAAGCAGGGGAUGCUCUUCCUCCAGCAGCAGCGAUUUGGGAAGAAAUGGAAGCGGGUGUGGUGUGUCCUCUACAGGGAGAGCUCCUGCUCCAUCUCCAGGCUGGAGUUCUUCGAGUGUAAAGAUGGAGGGAACGUGGAGAAGAACGACAAAAGUCUGCGCAAACAGCAGGAGCACAAAAAGGUGAUCCGUCUUUCUGACUGCAUCCGGGUGUCGGAGGUAGAGAUGGACGGCUGUCCCAGAGACACGGGGUCCUUCCUGGUGGAGACCACCGAGAAGAUCUACGUGUUCGCCUCCGAGAGAAACCAGCUGGACGACUGGACACACAAACUGUGUGAGAUCGCCUUCCCCAUGAGCUGGAUGGACCACGGAGCGAAGCGAGGCAACCUGCAGAGAGGAAACAGAGUGGAUGUAGAUGAAGGCAUGGAGGACAACUCCCUGUACAGCGGCAGACACACAGCACGUGAUUUCAGAGUGUGUGUUCGGAGGACGGAGGCGGCUGAUCGCUGCCGACUGAAGGGGGACGGCGUCCUGCGAGCUGACAUGGACGCUCUGCAUCUGCUGGACAAGGCGGGAGACAUCCUGUACAGCUGGCCGUACAGAUAUCUGAGACGCUUUGGACGGGACAAGUCCACCUUCUCCUUCGAGGCAGGCCGCAGAUGCGACUCUGGUGAGGGGAGCUUCGAGUUUGAUACCAAAGAUGGGAACUUUCUGUUCCAGACCGUAGAGACAGCCAUCAACCUACAGAAGAUCUCCUUCCCCAGCAGGCAGACCUCUGGGGGAGGCCAGGGGAGCCCAGAGGCCCCUCAGAUCCUGAACCUGCCUCCCCCACCAGUCAACCCACCCCUGGCCCACAGCAGGACGCUGCCACUGCCUCAACCCCGCGGCCAAGUGCCACAACCCCCCCCUGCUCAGGAAGCUGACGGCGUGUACAGCAUGGUGAGCGAAGCUCCAGGCUGUCAGAUGAUUCAUCAUAAAGACAGUGAGAGCUUCACCCCUUCACAGCAGCAGCAACAGCAGCGCCCCCAGCUGUCUCAUCUGGAGCCUCCAGUCGACAAAAUGCUGACUGCUGUAAAGAGCUUGACGCUGGACCCUCGUGGAGUCCCCACCCCUCGAAAGAACCAGGUGAAGAUGAUCUCCAGCUGUCCUCUGCCCAACGCCAGCCCUGAGCUGGCCCCGGGCCCCGGCUCCAACCCCAACCUGGACCAGAUGUACUCACAGAUCAGCCUGUCGGGCGCUGCUGGUCGGAGCAUCAAGAAGGAGAAGAAGAAGAGCAGUGUGGCCCCGCCCUGCACUCCUCCACUCAGCAACAAGGAGUCCGACUACUCCCUCCCCUUCGACACCAUCACCACCAACGUCAUGUCCGACAUUUUGAGCUGCCAUCAGGGUUCCGGCAACGAAUCAGGCGCCGAUCCGCUGUAUGACAGCAUAGACGAAAUGAAGAUCAGAAACAUCUCCAUCAGCCAAGCCAACAGCCUGCGACCCACCUACAGAAAGGUGGACCACAUCUACGACGAGCCCGAAGGCUGCGCUGCCACCACCUCAGGUCCCACGCCCAUCACUGCCUUGUACGACGACCCUGAGGAGAUGAGAGGAGACGCCUGGAGGAUUAUGGGUACAGCAGCCGACCCUAAAGGCCAUGAGUAUCCCUAUAACCCCCGUGAGGAUGACUAUGCUGUACCCAAACGACCCCAGAAAGCUUUUAUCAGCACUCAGGUCACCGGAGAAGAAGAAGAGGAGCUGGGAAGAGAGGAGGAGCUUGAAGGUGAGGUGGAGGUGACUGAGGAACAAGAAGAUUCCCCAUACAACAAUGUGAUGUUAAAAUAAAGUAAAAGAGAAACCAGCGCCUGUAGACAUGACUUCAUUGUGAACCACAUUACCCCGUCUGUCCUUUUUAUCCAUCGUAUGUCAGCAUAUCAUCUUCCUGGAGAAUCCCAGCUGGUCCAAGACCAGGUGGGAAACUUACUCUGGGUCAAGCUCAAGUGUCCUUCCAGUAGGAACCUCCAGAGGCCUAUGGGGGUAUUUUCCUCCCUUUAAUCAAUUGUUUGCUUUGAGAGCAAGAUUUUUGGUUUUCAUGCUCAAAUAUCGUCGUUCUCUCUCUCAAAACUCUGCUCUCACACUCAGAAAGUCCCUCCUACUUUCAGAUAUGUUGUUCUUCC